AUGCUACCUCUUACUGUUGAUGCUGCUGAGAGAGUGCCACCUCCAGAUGGUGAGGCUGUUAAGGAUGCUGAGCUAGAGUCAUUUAGAGGAGGCCCUGUAGAGUUGUCACUACUACCUCUGUACCCAUACCAUAGUGUCAGGCAUAUCUGGGACAAAGAGGAUCGUGAUCCGCUGAAGUUUAUUAACCAUAGACGGAAGAUUACUGGUUUGCCUCAGUCGAAUGAGGAGUGGUUUCAGACAACUUCAUCCCUAUCUGGGAUGACCAGUUAUAUUACGGUGUCAUCUACCUACGGUACUUCGAGGAUUUCGAGUGGAUCCAUGAGUACAACUGGGGGCUCGCUUGUUUGGUCUACUUGUACUCGAAGUUAUCAGAGAUACUUGUGUCCUGAACCCUAUCCGGAGGAGAAUUUGGAGUUUCUUAAAUCACAGAAUAUUCGUCUAUUUCAAUUUGGAAUUGAGGGGAAAACGGAAGUUUCUUUACCUAUUCUCAGUGAUUCUAUUAUGGAGGCUUUGAAAAUUUUACUUGAUGUGAGAAAUCACCCUGUUUUGAUUCAUUGCAAACGAGGAAAGCAUAGAACAGGUUGUGUAGUUGGUUGCUUCAGAAAGAUGCAGAACUGGUGUCUGUCUUCUGUGUUUGAGGAGUACCAGCGUUAUGCUGGUGCUAAAUCCAGGACAACGGAUUUAACAUUUAUAGAGAUGUUUGACAUCAUAAAUCUUAGGCAGUGCCUCUACAGCAUCAUCUACCAGUAUCAAGGUGCUUCAAAGAAGCGCAGAUUGAUGUAUCAAGGCGAGACUACGCAGAAGCCACCCCGUUUGACAUCGUUUUAGCUGCUGCACUGGCUAUCAACUCCAUUUUUGGAUUUGGUAGAGAACUCAUACUUCAAAGUAAUUUUUUGGAGUCUUUGAACAUAUAUCCUUAGGGUUUUUAAAGAUCUUUUGAGUACUGCUAUUGACAUGCA